CAAACUUUGUAAUUCUCAUAGUUUUUUUAGCGACUGCAGCUAUGACACUAGAUCGAAUCACGAAGCUUCUAACCAUUUGACUUUUUGUGUCUUCUCUCGCAAUAAACAUGUUUUGUAAAUUGACUGAUGUUUCUGUUCGAAAGUGUCAUAUAUCUUCUUGAAUCUUUUUUGCUUUCUUGUCAACUAUAUGAUGUCUACUUGGUAAUAUUGGCGUAUUGGGAGAGAUUCCAACAGAAACGUUUCUGCACUGAACGGGUAACGUAGAUAGACGAGAAUAACCUUUCUCUUUGUUUGUUGUUUCGUAUCUGAAAAGAGGGUAUAAUGGUAAAUUUCGACAAGUAUCGUCGAGCUCUUCUUCCACUUCCCACCUUCUUCGCUCUACAGACAAAUCUCCCCCGCCCCCGAUAUCUUUCUCAAUUCCCGUUGCCCUUUUCUCCCACAGGCUCGACGAAAUCCUAAAGGGAUGGAGAGUGGUGGGCAGUAUGAAAAUGGGCGGUACAAGCCCGAUUACUACAAAGGGACACAGUCUGUGUGGAAUAUGAUGCCUCAGCAUCAGAUAAAGGAGCAGCAUAAUGCGCUGGUGAUGAAUAAGAAGAUCAUGUCCAUCCUUGCCGAGAGGGACGCAGCGGUGAAGGAAAGAAACGAAGCGGUAGCAGCGAGGAAGGAAGCGUUAGCCGCUCGGGAUGAAGCACUUGAGCAACGGGACAAAGCUCUCUCCGAAAGAGAUAAUGCUAUCAUGGAGAGAGAGAGUGCGUUGAAUGCUCUCCAGUACCGUGAAAACAAUCUAAACUAUAUACUGUCGUGCGCAAGGCGUGGUGGUUCCCAAAGUUGCGUAACGGAAGAAAGCCACCUGCCAGAUCCUUCCCCUAUAUCGACUAUCCCACCUGAGGCGGGCAACACGAGACCGAGCAAAAGGAAGAAAGAGGGCAAACAGGAAACACGGUCAAAGGGAAAGAAAGUGGGGGAGGAUCUGAACCGGCAGGUUGCUUCUCCGGGAAAGAAAUGCAGGAAAGAUUGGGACAGUAGCGACGUGGGUGUGAAGCUAGUCACAUUCGAUGAGACGACGAUGCCAGUGCCCAUGUGCACUUGCACAGGGACUGCUCGUCAGUGUUACAAGUGGGGAAAUGGAGGGUGGCAAUCAUCGUGCUGCACAACCACGUUGUCUCAGUAUCCGCUCCCGCAGAUGCCGAACAAGCGCCACUCGCGAAUGGGCGGUAGGAAAAUGAGCGGAAGUGUCUUCUCCAGGUUACUUACCCGCUUAGCUGGCGAAGCCCAUGACCUCUCCUCUCCCGUUGAUCUCAAGGACUAUUGGGCUAGGCACGGCACUAAUCGCUACAUCACUAUCAAGUAGCCAAGAUUUAUGGUGUAUCAAUCAAGUGGGUUUCUCUUUUCUUUUCUUUUUUAGUUUUAACAAUUAGGUUCAAAGGAUGAAAGAAUGAAGCUUAGAGGCUCAUUAUUGUUUUUGUUGUCUAUAGUUCCGUUAAUGCAAAUGUUUAGUAUUGGUUUGAUUUGGUUUGAUGUUUAUGUAACUAAUAAUAAACUGUUUAGCGAAUUAUCAUAUUUUGUUUAAAAAAAAUUUCAAAUCAAAAUAUCAAUUGAAAGAUCUCAAAAUCGUAACCGUUUCAACUAAAGUUCAGGAAUUUCUUUGUUAUACUCGUCAAGUAGCUUUAACAAAGUUAUUCAGUCUCCUCUCCUCUCUUCUCUUCAACCGAAAGGAAAAAAAAAAAUGGAACAAAAGUUAGAAACCAUCGCCACAAUCCCACCACUGGUGCAGUCGCAUCCACCAAAGAAGUGGCUCAACCGCACCAAAACAUUUUUCGAGGUUCCAAACCCAAGAAUCGUUAAAAUCUAUCUCAUAAGCAGCUUUGCAACGUUUUUUUCAGGCAUUGCUUUUGCUUUUCAAUGGGCAUUUGAGGGAAAUAACCAUAUCGAAUUCCAGUGGAUCAUCUACUACGCUUUGUCCCUAAUCUUUCUUCCUAUUCUCAUCUGGCUCGGUCUUGGUAUCGUCAUGGCUGGUUCGCCCAGGCAAGGGUUAAAGCAAGUUUCUAGUUCAGCCGUCGAAGUAGAACAUCAACGUGUCGACGUUUCUGCAGAUAGGGGUAGAAAUGAAGAAACUGAGGAUAACAACAGUCGUCGGACUUUGGCGGUUGUGGUUGAUCCGGAUAAUGAAAAGUGGACUUACAAGAUACCGGAGAAUAAUACCUCGAAGCUAAAACGCACCGUUUCAUUCCCAUUGCGUAGCCAAUUAAGAUCAUGUCGGACUAGGUGAGUCUUCCAGUUACAAUGGAUCCAUCUUCGACGUCAAAAAUUUUCGUUUAUUUUCUAUGAGAUUUGUUGAUUUAUCCGCAUUUCUAAGCUUAAUGUUAAUUUUCAUUUUGAUUUAUGUGAUCCAGACGUUGUGUAAUGCGAAGGUCUUGUCAUACUAGUUGUUUAUUUUUGUUUUCGUAAACAACCAAUUUUUAUUCCUGGAAUUCGCCACGUGUCACAGUUAGUCCAAUAAUGGGG